CAAGAUCGCAGCCCUGCCUUCCAGUUUGGAUGACAGAGUGAGACUCAGAAAGAACAAAACAACACAAAUCCCAGCAGACACUCCCUUGAUUAAAACCCUUCAAUGGUCUGCUCUUAGGAUUUAGUACAAACUUCUCAAUUUGGCUUUCAACACCCUGACCAUCUGUGCUCAUUCAUCCAAACCUUUUAAAAAUACAUCUUGAAACCUCAGCUCCUUUGCAUGUGCUAUUCUGCCUGGAAAACUCCUUUCCCCUCACUCUUAACCUACUGUCUCUGAGUUCUCAGGAUCUCUUCUCUCUUCCUCUAUGCCCAGACUAAAACUGGUUACCUGUUAGAUGCUGCCAUGGCACCAGGUGCCAUGGUACCUUUCUCUUAGUAAUGAAUGGUUGGUAACCAUACAUCCAUUUAUGUAAUUAUUUGAAUGCUGUCUCCUUCACUAACGUUUUUCAAGUGUCUUUGACCUUGCCCCACAAAUACCUUUUACAUUAUAUAUGAUGCUCUCUGAUACAAUUUCUGAUUUUAUUCUAUUGUGUGCAUGUACACAAAAUGCUGAUUGUAGCUUACUAGUCAGUUAUAUGACUAGAAUGUGAAAAACACUGUUCUGGAUGUAAUCUGUCUUCGGUUUUGUUCUCUGUUUUAUCUGUUACCUCUAGUCUAGGGUAGGUGUUCAAUACAUGUUAGACUUUGAACAGAAGAUACAAGUUAGAAGCAGUGGAAAAAUGAAGAUUUUGUGCUUAUCAGAUUUACUUAAUGAAUUUAAACCUCAACCUCUCAUUAGCUGUCCUUGAACAUGUUAACUUCUCUACUUUCAUCUUUGAAAGGGGGAAUUAUACCUGCUUUGCGGAGGGGACAAGUUGUCAGUACAGCGCCUAAGCAGCUGUUCAACAAAUAUUCAGUCAUGCUACUCUUCUGCUACAAGGAAACCUCCUCAUUCCUUAUCUCUGCUGCCUCCAGUAUCUGCUCCUUGCUCUCAGCCAGCUUUUCCUACUCUUGCCAAGAGGGAGAAACCAAGGAGCUCUGGUCAUCAGGUCACCAUCUGAAGGCCUGCCGAGCUGUGGCCUUCUCUCAAGAUGGGCAGAAGCUCGUUACUGUCUCCAAGGACAAAGCCAUCCAUGUUCUAGAUGUGGAGCAGGGCCGACUAGAAAGGCGUGUUUCCAAGGCUCAUAUCGCCCCCAUCAACAGUCUUCUGCUGGUGGAUGAGAAUGUUCUGGCCACUGGGGAUGACAUGGGUGGUAUCCGUCUCUGGGACCAGCGGAAGGAGGGCCCCUUCAUGGAUAUGAGGCAACAUGAAGAGUACAUCGCAGACAUGGCUCUGGAUCCAGCCAAGAAGCUGCUGCUGACAGCCAGUGGAGAUGGCUGCCUUGGUGUCUUCAACAUUAAGAGGCGUCGGUUCGAGCUGCUCUCAGAGCCUCAGUCUGGGGACCUGACCUCUGUCACUCUCAUGAAAUGUGGGAAGAAGGUGGCAUGUGGCUCCAGUGAAGGUACCAUCUACCUCUUCAACUGGAAUGGCUUUGGGGCCACAAGUGACCGCUUUGCCCUGAGAGCUGAAUCCAUUGACUGCAUGGUUCCAGUCACCGAGAGUCUGCUGUGUACUGGCUCCACCGAUGGAGUCAUCAGGGCUGUGAACAUCCUACCGAACCGAGUGGUAGGCAGUGUGGGCCAGCAUGCUGGGGAGCCUGUGGAGGAGCUGGCCCUUUCCCACUGUGGCUGCUUCCUGGCCAGUAGUGGCCAUGACCAGCGCCUCAAGUUUUGGGACAUGGCCCAGCUGAGAGCUGUGGUGGUGGAUGACUACCGUCGGCGCAAGAAAAAGGGAGGACCACUGCGGGCCCUGAGCAGCAAGGCUUGGAGCACAGAUGACUUUUUCGCAGGACUGAGGGAAGAGGCAGAAGACUUAAUGGCUCAGGAAGAGGAGGAGGAGACUGGGGAUGACAGUGACUGAGGGAAUGAACCGAUUCCUCACCAGGCAAGAGUCUUGCUUAUUGGGCUGCAUCCCCAGAGGAUAUAAAUUAUUUUUUAAAAAGAUAGGGUUUUGCUGUCAUCCA